UCAGCCAGCACAUAUCAACUGGAAGCAUGUCAUCUAGGAGUAAACUAGAGAACAAAGAUCCUCGUGGGGACAUUCCCCACCUGCUUAAUGUUUUCCUGUGCAACGAUGGCGAUGCAAAUGAUUCCAAGGGACAGGUCUUAAAUUUAACUCAAAAUGCCAACACAAGCUCCAUAGGCACCAUACCAUCGAAUGGCCUGGUCGAAAGCGAUGUGACGCCUGUUAUGACUCCCACACCGAAGGUCGGUGUCUACAAACCAAGUGUUAACGUCUGGCGCGUAUCUAAAGAAGACACUAAGCGUGAUCGUACCUAUGUUGUUAGUGCCGAGGAGUAUCCUGAUUUGGGCCAGCGUCAGAAGAGAUCCAAACAACGUUCGCCGCCGACGCGUACUCAAGAUGACGGCGGCACUGUUUCGCGCCAUGCCAGUGGUUUUAGUCGCGUAAUAGAUACGCCUGUGCUGGCCAACUUUUUGCCGGAUUUUAUGCUUUCGAAAUCGAGCAACAGCAAUCAUCAAGCGGUGAACACUUGGCUAUCGUCAGUACGUCCUAGCGACAGCCAAAAGUCUUCAAACGACCAGGCACGUUGCUCUUCUUCGACUACGAUGACACUGGUGAAAAAUGAUUCAGUACAGACGCUGGCGCCAAAAAGUGCUGCUCAGUCUUCUCCUGGCGAGGAGAAUAUCCAACAGCAGCAGAAUACUCCAGCUAAUUCCCAACAGCAGGAGACAAGCCCAGCUAAUUCUGUCAUGCAUCAGGUGAAAACAAGUAACUCUCCAAAGAAGCAGCAGAAGAGUUCUGUCAGUUUAACUAAUAUAGAGCAGAAGGGUUCCGUCAAUUCUUUACAGAAGCGGAAGAAUUUGGUCAAUUCUUCACAGCAGCAGAAGAGUUAUGCCAGUUCCUUACAGCAGCAGAAGAGUUGUGCCAGUUCCUUACCGCAACAGAAGAGUUCAGUCAAUUUUACUAUCAUAACGCAGAAGGGUUCCGUCAAUUCUUUACAGCAGGAGAAGAGUUCGGCCAAUUCCAUACCAAAGCAGAAGAUUUGGAUCAAUUCCUCGCAAUAUCAGAAGAGUUCUGCCAGUUCUUUACAGCAGAAGAGUCCUGAAAGUUCUUACCAAGUAAGCAAUUCUCAUAGCAAAUUCCGACAGCAGCAAAAGAAGAGUCCUGAAAAAAAUGAAAGGAGCCAAAAGAAUCAGAAAUCUCCUGGCAUGCAACACUCUUGGAAACAACAACAGGAGCAGCAGCAGCCAAAGAGUCUUCAGAAUUGUUCGAAAACUUCUGUUCAGCAGCAGCAACAGCAAGUGAACCCUAAUCAUAGUCAGUCGCAAUCAGGGAGACCUAUCAAGCCCACUUACUCGCACUCAAGGAGAGCUUUAGUUACAAACAAUUCUCCGGUACCAAUCAGCACACAUACCGUUAACCGCAGCCAGCAGACCAGAUUCCAGAUUCAAUCAUCGAGUCCCAGUGUUGUCCACAAUGAGGACGAGGAUGUUAUGCCGCCGACGCCCAACCAAAGUGAGAGAAGGCAGAGGAGGUUCCCAGGUCGCAAUCACAACCACCGGAUGGUGCGCAGUCUGCAGGCGGUGAGUCGAGAGUUUACAGAGUCCUCGCCGGAGGGACCUUUAGGGGGAUUGCCGGAAAAAGAGGUUGUGCCGUACCAGCAACAUGAGCAUCCGCGCCAGGUGAAGCGCUCACCAGAAAUCCAACAGAACAACCACAUGCAGCAAUUGCCUACGGUCACCCCUUUAAACUUAAAUGCUAAGGAGUUCAAACCUACCGCAAAUUGCAAUCCCCCCAACUCAGUGUGUAGAUUGAGCCGGAGACGUUGUCGACAGCGUUUUACGCGAUCUUCACGCGCGAAACAACAGAACCAAAGCGAGCCAGGACCAAAUCUUGAAAGUGCCCCAGAACCAAUACUCAAAUGCACCUCUGAGAUAGAUGAUCAGCCACAACAGCCAGUCAACAUACUAAUCCAAGCCAAUUUACCACCGGCACCGGCACUACCCAUGGUCUUCUUUGAUCAGCAGGCGGGAGUUAUAUGGAGCAGCCCAUCACCAUACAUUCCGAUUGAAAUCCAAAACAACAGUGCCAGCCAGUCGGUUUUUCGGCUAGCCAGUCUCCCGUGUACAGGAGUUGGCACCCCCAAUAUGGAUAUAUUUACCAUAUCUCCACCCACUAUCCAGCAUAUCAGCUCCAGCCGCCUCCCAUCCAGCAUUUCCGGGACAACCCAGUUAUCGCAUACUCUCAGUUCGCCGCCGGUGGAGAACCAGCACCAGGAACAUUUGUGGGAAUCAUGCAGCCACCAGGACGAGGACCUAAUGUACAGCCGGCCUCUGUUGGAUAUGGAUCAGGAGGAAACCCAGCCGGAGCAACAGGACCAGGAAUGGCAGUGGGAGUCGGAGAUGGAGCCCCCGAGGUUCCAGUCGAAGAAACAGGUCGUCGCCGACGCACUCGGCGAAAAAGACGCGCCCGUCGCUAAGGACGCAGGAUCACCACUAGAGCGUCAUAUGAUAUUUCGAGCCCCAUCGCAGCACGGCCAAGAAUAUCCCAAGCCGGAUCUAAACUGCGUGCCGUCCAGCAUCAGGAAACUACAUUACCUGAUCUCAUCACAGUAUUCUGACUACUCCUUCGUCUACGCCCUAAGUGCUCAGAUCUGUCAGGACUGUGUGCCCAUGGAUUGCUUUGUUUACCUGAAGAUGAUACUGCUGGCCAGUAUCGUUUCAAUCGAAUCUGAUGAGGUGCGGGCUCCAAUUUCCUUAUGCAUAAUCGCCAGCGACAGCCUGAUGGCCAGCCGUCUAAUGAACAAAGUGGGUCAACUGGCUCCACGUUUCCUGGGACCCCACGAAUACGGACUGCAGCCCACUUUCAAUGCCCUGCCCUCGCGCUUUAAUUGGGUAGUGGCCAGUCCUUUACUAUUGGCCCAACAGGGUGUUUACUACGCCGGCGAUUGGAAUCGUCUGUCCAAGGAUCAGGGAUGCCAGCUGGAAAAGUGCAUCGAAAAUGGAGCGGUCCCAGUGCCGCAGUUGCACGUCGAUCAGCCCUUGAAGGCAGCCGUUUGGACUUACUGGCAACCGAACAACUCCACCAAUCAGACUCUGGCCCUCGCCAAAUUGUGCCCAAUCUUCGGUCUGCCUAUUUAUAUGGGUGGUCAGGUCAGCAAUAGUCUCUGGCACUCCAUAAUUCAGAAGCACAACGCUGAGGGACCAAUUGUGGUCAACGAUGGCUUGAACAUUCCCGAGGACGACAUGCGCAUGCUAAUACAUCUGUUGCAUCAGCGCAAGACCACCUUAACCGAUCCCGCUCAGCAUAUGCUGCAAAAGUAUUAUGUGAUCUCCAGGAAAGAGCGACCGAAUGUCUUCUCCAGCAAGACCUAUAUAGUGCUGAAGCAAUUAGCUGAGUGCUUUGCCAAGCUGGCGCUGCGUCUGGAGGUCCUUGAAUCGGACGUUUGUGUGGCCAUCUACCACUGUGAGCAUUUCGUGCAGGGCAUUUUCGGGGCCAAAGAAAACCAGGCACCGCCGGCAGUCUUCAAUUUCAAUGUGAUCUCCUCCAUCGAUCCGUACAUGAACAAGUUUACACGCUGGCUACUUCAGUAUCUGAAUAGCUACGAGGACGAGGAGCUGGGGAUGCACGCGGACAAGAAGCGGCGCACAGAUAGCUGGGCCAUGCCCUAAACGCUUGGCAUAGAUCCCUAGACCAACUUGGCAUUGAUUUGGCCACUGGACCAAUAUUGAAUACCUUUUUUAGUUUUAUACAAAUGAAUUUACAGCACUUGUGUUUGUAAACAAAAUCGGCACUGAAGCCACUAGAUACUAUACCUUAACCAUUCACUACACAAACAACACCUGAAGCGUUCAAAAACGAAGCCUAUAUUUGUAAGCAUUCACAAACAGACGCCACACACACAGACAUUCCCCAUCUCCUUCACAUUCCGUGAUAUAUAUGUUUUGUGUAUAUCGCAAGCUGAUAGCGGAUAGUUUUCAAAAUUUAGUUCCCGAAAAUCAGGAACCUGUUGGAAUAUUCUUGCACCGUUGUUAAUCGCUUAUCAACGAUGUUUUUGCUAAUUUUUUGGAAACUAAUUUGUAAAAUUGUUUUUGGUACAAGUACUUAAAUUAAAUGUGUGGCCAAGAAUCUAUAUAAUUUUUUUUUUAUAAAAAACAUAUUUUCACAGAAUAUGCUUACACCUGAAAUGAACUGUGAACAAUACAUACAAAAUACAUAAAAUAAGGAUGCCAUACAUAUUUUUUAAAAUAUAUGGUAAGAAUUGUCAAAAAAAAGUAGCACUUUAAUUUUUUGUUAAUAAAAAUAAAACUUAAAUGCCAAUAAUAUUCAUAUAGGGUUUUUUUGGAUUUUUUGAUAAAGACAAUAUUUGCACAGAAAACCUGAAACAGGCUGUGAAUAAAUGUAACUUAACAAUAAUUAACAAAUGAACACCAAGAAAGUUAGAUAGUAAAGAGAAAUAUUAA